AUGUCAUCUGCCAAAAUCACUCUUAUCGUAGCAGGACGAAAAGGACGAAGAAGGGCGAAAGAGAACGACAAGGACGGAAAAGGAAGAAAAGCUGAACGACUAAACCUUAUUUCUCCGGUACCUGAGAUAGAUCUUAUUGGUAUCAAAGUUCAAGGUAAUAGUACUUUCACUUUCGUUGUGAUAUACAUUCCGCCAGCAUUACAUGUUGAUGCAUACACUCAAAUCUUUGAGUAUAUUGAAAGUGCCAUUGAUUUUUCAAAUCCGGUUGUUAUUGUAGGCGAUUUUAAUAUACCUGAGUUAGUAGAUUGUGCAUCUGGCCGGAACUCGUCACACAUCUUCAAUAUUUAUUCUCACUUCAUUUCCAUGAAUAAUUUGAAACAACAUAAUUCAGUUUUAAACUCCAACAACAGAAUCUUGGACAUAGUUUUGACAACUGAUGAAGUCUCAGCUGAAGUAACAAAUAGCAAUUUUCCAUUAGUUCGUGAAGAUGCUCACCACCCUUGCUUGGACAUCAAUUUAUUUAUCAAAGACCAAUCAAGUAAUCCAUUUCCAAGAACAUCGAACACAGUAAAAUUUAAUUUUCGUAAAGCAGAUUUAGUAAGAUUGUAUAAUGCCUUUAUUGAAACUGACUGGUCAGAAGUUUUAGACACAGUGGAUGUUGAGACAGCAUGUUCUACUUUUUAUGAUAUCAAUCAUAAAUUAUUAAAUGUUUAUGUUCCGAAGUGUUCGUCAUCAGCGAAGACAUAUUACCCUCCCUGGUUCACAAAAACGAUUAUAUCCAGCAUUAAAGAAAAACACAGGCUAUGGAAUCUCUAUAGGAAAAGUAAAUUGUUAACUUACUUGGAUAGAAUAAGAAUUCUAAAAUGCGACAUACGACGUAAUAUUCGGCAAGCUUAUAAAGUCUUCAUCAGUGAGGCUGAAAAUUCACUUCAUAAUGACCCAAAGAAGUUUUGGUCAUUCGUAAAUAAAAGGAGGAAAACUACUUGUGUUCCCAGUUGCAUGACAGCUGGUGAUGGUGUUAUAAUAUCUAAUCCGCAAGACAUAGUGAACGCAUUUGCAUCACAAUUCGCAAGUGUUUACACCAAUGACAACCAUAAACCCUGUGUUGCAUCAAGUUGUAAUAAAAUUAACUGUGAAUACUGCGGAAGCUGCCGAUGCUCUUUAGUAAGUGAUAAUCCUAUUUGUGAUAAUUCCAUCUGUGAUAAUUCUGUCUGUGAUAACAAUCUCAUAUUCAACCUGCCUGUGAUUAAUGACUGUGAUAUUUUAAAAGCUGCGAAAAAAAUUAAACCAAAUUUCGUUUGUGGUCCAGAUGAUAUACCGGCAUUUUUAGUGAUUGAUUGUCUUCAGUAUUUGUUAAAACCUUUAUGUCAUAUAUACAACUUAAUUUUAAAGUCGUCUAUUUAUCCACAAAUGUGGAAAGUCUCUCGUGUAUUUCCUGUGUUUAAAGCUGGUGACAAAGCUAACAUUGUAAAUUACAGACCGAUAGCACUUAUAUCGAACUAUGCUAAAUUAUUUGAAUGUAUUAUGUCAGACUUCCUGUAUACCCACUGUAUUUCAACAAUUGCCUUAGAACAGCAUGGAUUUAUAAAAGGAAGAUCCACUCUCACCAAUUUAUGUGAAUUCACCGAAUACGUAUCCUUGGCUUUAGAUAAUCGCUUUCAAGUUGAUGCCAUAUACACUGAUUUAUCCAAAGCUUUUGAUAGAAGUUACAAAAUUUACAUAACUCUCUUCGAAGACACUCAUUCAAGUCUUCGUUUCGAGGUCACCUAUACGGAAAAGAAAGUGACCGCCUCACCUGAUUCACUCCGAAUUCCUCGCGUCCGAGCAUCGAUACCGUCCCUCCCAUCGAGCGCCGCCCCAACCAAAAAUAGAAACCAACCCACCAAAAAACAAACCUCCGAAUCAAUCCCCGCUAAAAGUGUCAUCAGACAUGUCAUCCGCUCUAAAUAA